AUGCCCCCUUCCUCCGUUGCUUCCAUCCCCACGGAGAAGGACAAGGAUGCUCAGAAAGACCGGGAUAGCCCUUCUGCAUCCUCCAUUUUCCUUCCCCUCGGAAGAAGAACUCGUCGAGAUUCCAAGUCAUCCCUGUCCCACGAUCUCGACCAAGAUGCCCUCAACCACGCGCUCAAUACCAUCCAUACCGCGGCAUCCCAGUCAAACCACUUGACGGUCUUUAAUGACUACGCCGAUCCCCCGACGGCCUCCUCUCAAGCGGAGAACAAGUCUUUGGCGAGCGAAAUACAAGGAGGCAUAUCAGGCUUGUACAACAAAUUGAAGGCUACCGUCGGUGGUUCCAAGGAGGGUGAAGAACAUCAUCAAGAUGCGUCCUCUAACCCCUCGGCGGGGGAUGAUCGAACCAGCUCCAAGAUCAGCUCCGGUAUCACGUCCAAGGCACCUUCGCCCCGACUGACAGCCUCAGACACGACGCUUUCGAUCGAUCUGGCCCCGUCGAAAGUCUCUUCGAAGGCCACAAGCAUUUCGAAGCCCUCGAUACCCUCUACACCCGCUCUCCGUUCACCUACCGGUCCUCCCCAGCCUUCUUCCCACCUUGCUGACCCUUCGGUGACUUCAGUUAAUAUCCAUGCUGUCGGCUCGGCGAACCAUUCGAGGGCUGGGUCUGCGUUCGAACUCGAUUCUCCUCACGAGCGGAGUCUAACAGCUUCUGCAGAUAGCGAAAGUCUGCGCAAAGCUCUUUCCAAGCAAGGGACCGAGACGUCCUUCACCGAGAGGGGGAACAAGCUGAUAACAUCGCCUCUUCUGAGUGCCAGGGGAGUGGCUGUAUCCCACGAUCGAGGACUGUCAACUGCCUCCAAUCAAAGUCACUAUAGUCAUGUUGAUGGUGUGGCCAGCCCGCCAUUGCUGACAUCGCCUCAGGCGGAGCGAUCGACUGCCCGAAUAGUGAUGGCGAAUAGACAAGAUAACCCUUCACAGUUGAGGCACACCAACCCUCUAGACCUUUUGGCUGAAAAUGCGGUCAACUCCACUAAAGCCUCAGCCUCCUCUCAAGGCAAGCCUAGUGAAGUUUCUAGCUUGAAGUCACCCCUGCUAUCGACGUUGGAGCAAAGACCGUCAGAGAAACUGGCCCCAAAGAUAAGCCAGUCAAGAUUGCCAGGCUUCUAUGCCUCGCGAACAACUUCAUCAGAUUCAUCGGUCACAGCUGGCAUGUUGCGUGCAAAUCUGGAUCCCCGUGAUGAUGACUCGCGCAGUAUCGUCAUACACCGCACUCCUCAAGCGAGACCGAUCAGCAAGCUGCGUAGCAAGUUGUUGAGUAAAGAGUUCUGGAUGCGAGAUGAGAAUGCAAAAGACUGCUUUCAUUGUGGCGAGCAGUUCACUACAUUCCGACGGAAGCACCAUUGUCGCACGUGCGGCCAGAUCUUUGACAACAAGUGCACGGUUCUCAUCAAUGGGAGUCACUUUGGGUCCAACAGUGCCGUUCGUGUCUGCAAACCGUGCGAGUCCAUAAUCACUUCCCACGACGACGACUCGUCUGAUUAUUCGGCUGAAGAUCUGGCUUUGACGGAACCGGCCCCUCGUCCACGGACCCCUGAACCCUCUCAUUUUGCCCGCGUCCUGCCCCGGUUUGAGGAUGACAAUGCUUCAGUCACUUCGCAGUCUCUCGAGCAAAUGGCCAGGACGCCCACAAUGAGCUUUCCAGUACGACGAGCUUUCGAUGGGGCCAACCGCAAUUCCGCUGUGUUGGAGUUCGAUACAACCGAUCGACCCCUCCCUCGACCAAGCUCCUCUAGGUCCUUGAAAGCAACUCAUUCUAUUGGGCAUAGCCACAAGAGGCAUCACUCCAGACAUCAGCACAUACGCAAUUUCAAGGCUUACCAUGAAGAUAGAGCACCUUUCCAACGUCGUGCUGCCGACGACGGAAUCAAAGUUGGCAAGUCUUCAGCGUUUCAUCGCGACAGUAUCAUUGACCCUGAUCUCGCACAAUAUCUCUCGGAUGACCCCUCGAGUGAGGAAGACCAGUCCAUCAGUGAAACCUUGAGUCAAGAUAAAUUGUCCCGUAGCGAACCUGACAGCGACAAAAGCGCGAUAGGGGGUCUCUUGGCAGCCGUGCGCAAGGGUCGUUCUCGCCUAGGGGAUCGGAGUAUCGCUGGAUUUCUCAACAUAGGAAAAGAAGCCGACGAAGCCAGUGUCAUCAGUUCGCGCAAUAUAGAAGCACUUCGGGGUUCUCGGAAGCGGAACCUCAGUGUUUCAAGUAGUAUCCAUCGCGGAACACCAAGAACAACGAGAGAGCGACUGCAAAUUAUCAUCCCCGGAAAUCAAGACGAUCUGCAAGACGGUCUCGGAGACUCAGCAAGUAUCUACCGAGGCCGAUCAAGGAUGAUACGAAGUGCAUCUAUGCAUGGGAUGGCUGCACCAGCCAUGGAGCUCAAUCGUGCGAGUAUCCAACAUGUGCAUAAAAUGCUUCAGCAGCUUCUCAGGGACGCGAAUAUACCGAAAGUCCAGAGUUGGCAGGAUGCUCUCAUUCCCAUCUUGCUCAAAGCGACUGAUGAUGUCGAUCCAGAUGUCCAGGGCGGAGACGACAUAGACAUUCGUAACUAUGUCAAGUUGAAGAAAAUUCCUGGCGGCAAACCUGGUGACACUGCAUACAUCUCCGGCUUGAUCUUCACAAAGAACGUGGCUUUGAAGAGCAUGGCUCGAUCCCACACGAACCCCAAGAUCUUGAUCAUCACUUUUGCGCUUGAAUAUGCCAGACACGAACAACAUUUCAUGAGUCUGGAUCCGGUCAUUAGACAAGAAAAGGAGUAUCUGGCCAAUCUUGUUGGUCGUAUUGCCGCCCUGAAGCCAGACGUUCUGUUGGCUCAGCGCAACAUCUCUGGCCUGGCUCUUGAGCUCCUUGAAAAGGCAAAUAUCACCACCAUUUUCAAUGUGAAGUCAUCGGUUCUUGAAGCUGUCUCGCGGUGCACUCAAGCUCGUGUCGUACAUUCCAUGGACAAAUUGACGUCCUUGUCAGAUCCAUUUGGUCGCUGCGAUUCUUUUGAGGUGAAGACUUUCGUGGCUGACGGGCGAAGGAAAACGUACGUCUAUCUAUCUGGUUGCCCGCCUCAGCUUGGGUGCACGAUUGCACUCAGAGGCGCUGACCGACCGACCUUGUCUAAGAUCAAACGCGUCACUGAAUUCAUGGUCUACGUGGUCUAUAAUCUGAAAUUAGAGACCUGCCUGAUGAGGGAUGAAUUUGCAUUGAUACCGAGCGCGCCGACUGCCAAUACAUCGGAAACUACGGUCAAUAUCCUCCCGAAGUCUGCAGCAGCUGAGGAUACUGCAACUUCGCAAGAUGCUAAUGGGAACACGGAAAAAGCUGACAGUCAUGUCGCUGCGGCCGGGGAUGUCUCGAAUGCAGAAGUCUUGACUUUGGAAAAGGAAGUCCGUUUUGCUCAAGCUGUCAGGACGGACAGCACCGAUUCUGCGCACAUACCUGAUGACAUUCCUGUGCCUACGUUUUAUGAAGACCUGGUCCUCAAGCACGAAACCCGUAUCCUUUCGGCCUCGCCAUUUGUCAAAUUCAUGCAGCCAUAUCUUCUUAUGCGUGCAAGAGAGUUGGAAAGACGUGUGGCGUAUCUUAAGCGGCUCCGAGACCAGGAUCUCUCGGCUGAACAGACGAUGGAAGACAAGGGAAAGACGUCCAAGUUCACCUUGAUUCACCCGGAAAUGGUGCACAGGCCUCUGGCUGGGGCCAGCAAGAAAGUUCGCGAGAUCAUUCAUGCAGUACACGACGCUGAGUAUGACAAGGCUGUCUACAAUUAUGAAAGUCAGAAAAAACAGUGGGAGACCUAUCUCUCGGGGAACCGCAAUCUUUUUGACCCCUUUGCGCACCAGAACAUUGUCGUUUUAUUCAGUCUCGUUUCCACCGAGACAUCUGUUCCUUGCUCUGGCCCGGAUCUUCUCGCCUUUAGUUUCUACAACGAACAUGAGACCGAAGCCGAGUUCGAGGCGGAUUGUACUUUGGGGCAAUACGUUGAGGAUCUAUGUUACAGGGCAAACGACAUCUGCCCAUCCGACGCCUGUGAAAAGAAAAUGCAUGAGCAUCAUCGUCAGUAUGUCCAUGGCGAAGCACAGAUCACAGUCUUUGUACAGCCAUAUCCUUCCAAGAUGCGCGGCUUUCAGGAUGUGAUUUUGAUGUGGAGUCAGUGCAAGAUCUGCGGUGUCGAGACCACUGUUACUCCCAUGUCUACCAGCACUUGGAAGUAUUCGUUUGGAAAAUAUCUUGAACUGUCGUUCUGGAGUGCCGAUCUCCAUGCUCGGGCCGGCAUCUGUCCACAUGACUUGCACAGAGACCAUUUCCGAUUCUUUGGGUACAAGGAUUUUGCUCUUCGGGUUCAUUACGAUCCAAUCGACCUGCUCGAGAUUAUUGUGCCUAGAAUGAGGCUCACUUGGAAAAUCGACAACGACUUGAAAUUCCGUAAUGAUUUCUAUACACGCUUGGAACAUCGCAUCACGAAGUUUAUGGUGUCUGUCAAACUUCGUUUGAAGAAUAUCAAUGCUGAGGCGGUCUUGCCUGAAACUGCCGAAGCAUGUCGCGCAGAGAUUGAACGACUGACAAAGAAAGCCAAUGAGGAACACGCAGGCCUCAUCAAACAGCUUCAGGAACGAUAUACCAACACGAGAUACUGGGAAACAAUCCCACUUAACGCUGUUCUGCGGGCCACGCAAGAAAAAGUGUCCGAAUGGGAUGAUGCCUUUGCAGACUUUGAGAGAAAUUUCUUCCCUUCCGAAACAGAUAUUCACCGACUCGCAACUCUCCAACUUAAGAAGAUCUUCCUUGACCGUGACGUUUCAGUCGCAUCCUUGAAGUCGGAUGAUGAAGGGGCGACCACGCCUCCAACCGAAGAAGUCACGGAUGAAAAAGCGGGGGCUGGAGAGACGCUCACUGAAGGUCGACGGCCCAGCAAACUCUCACCAGAGAAAACACAGAGCUUUCUUCAAAGCGUACUUGAGGAGCAUGCCACUACUCCAGCAGACGAGAUUGGCGUUUCAGAAGUGCCCGAAAUCACCAAAUCCGAUGUGCAGAGUCUCCCUUCCAUUCUAGAUGGUCCUCGCAAUGUUGAAGAUGUUAAGCACCUCGAUCUGGCGAUAGUGUCGCCAGCCCAACAAGCGAUCCUUGGGGCAGAAGAUGGUGCCACACAGAAUUCGUUGGUUGCUCCCGCUGAACAUACGGGCAUCGAUGAAUCACGUGAAAAUGUGGCAAGCGGCUUCAUCUCGAAUAAAGGAGAAGUAGCCAUAGAAACGCCAGAGAUUAUUGUCACCGGUCAGCAGACUCAGCCAAUAGAUUUACCUCAGCCCGGAAUACAGAAUGCCUCUCCAACGAUGGUGUUACGAAGGCGGAUCGAUGGGAAAUCCUCGCCAGGACUUGCUCGAGCCCACUCGCAACCUGCUGGCUCCGUUGCACUUCGCGCGGCCGCUGCCCAGACGGCUUCAAGUACUUUGUCGGCCGUCAAUGCGAUCAAUGGAUUUCCAAAACAGAGCCCGGCAUUAUCCGCACAGAGCAGUGAUGUUGAUGUGAUCAUUCCCGAUAAAAAGCUCUCUGAACGACUGGGCUUUUCACAUCUGAAGAACAAGACAUUUUCGAAAGGCCAGUCGCUCAUUCCGCGAGCGGUUACGAACCGUAAAGAGUCCCGAGUCUCCAACCUUGCUAAACACUUCGAGCAACUCAGCCGCGAGUUUGAGAGAGAGCGGAUCCGGGAGAGACGACUUCGCGCUGCAAGAAAUAUGCAGUCGAGAGUGUACCCCUUGGCAGCGUCAAAACCCAUUGUCGAGGUAUUCAAGGAUGUCGACGUGGCUGUGGAUGAACGAGGAGAUUCCGACGAUAUUUUUGGCAAGGAUGAUGAACCUCCUGUGGAGGGGACGGACAAGGCCUCGGGCACAGCCGAGGCCAUGGCAAAGGUUGGCUCGCCUCAGGAAGGCGACACUGGACUUCAUGUCGAAGAGCCGGCCGGCGACACGGCAGAGAACGAGACUGACGUUCAGCCAUCAAGCCAUGCUCCUUCAGAAGCCGAGGAACCGAGCGACAUUGAUGAAGCAGAGGACGAGAUCUUCUUACCAGACUCGCCCGAGGAUCUAAUGCGGAUGUCCCAAGAUGAUAUCGAUCUCAAGGAGCUUCCCAAACAUGAGAGAACCUCCCUGAUGAAGAUGCUGACCAACUUCUGGGCUGAGCGGUCAUCGAGCGGUUGGACCACCCUCGAAUAUCCCUUGGGAACAUCAGAGCACAUUUUCGCUGAUUGCGACAUUAUUGUGCGCGAAGAUGAGCCCAGCUCCAUCAUAGCUUUUGCCUUGGACUCGCAUGACUACACGACGAUGCUCCAGAACAUGCAGAAUCGCGCCCCAAGCGAGGAGAUGGCCCAUGAUUUUAGUGGUCAUGACCAUGGUGAUGAUAUGCAGUCCGAAGUCAUGCAUUCGCUCCUGCGCAAAACAGGAACUCAUCUCAAAUACCAAUUCCAGGAGGGUCCCGCCAAGAUGCUCUGUAAGAUCUUCUUUGCGGAGCAGUUCGAUGCAGUGCGCCGGAAAUGCGGUGUUGCUGACCGAUUUGUCGAAUCGCUCUCGAGAUGCCUGAAAUGGGAUUCCAAGGGUGGCAAGACGAGGUCGCUCUUUUUGAAAACCCUUGAUGAUCGAUUCAUCUUGAAGUCACUGUCCCCUAUCGAAACACAGUCGUUUCUCAAGUUUGCACCUAACUAUUUCCAGAUUAUGUCGGAGGCCUUCUUCCACGAGUUGCCCUCUGUGAUUGCAAAGAUGUUUGGCUUCUACCAGAUCAUCGUCAAAAAUUCCGCCACCGGGCUUGAAUACAAUUGGUUCUUACUGGUGAUGGAGAACUUGUUCUACGACCGCGUCCCUACACGCAUUUUCGACUUGAAGGGAAGUAUGCGGAACCGGAAGAUGAACGCCACGGGCGAGAAGGGCGAAGUUUUGCUAGACGAGAAUAUGGUUGAAUUUAUCUAUGAGUCACCCCUCUUUGCUCGAGAACAUAGCAAGAAACUGUUGAGGUCGUCGGUGCACAACGACACCUUAUUUUUGGCACGCCAAAACGUGAUGGACUAUUCGCUCAUGGUCGCCAUUGACGAGAAUCGGAAAGAGCUUGUGGUGGGUAUCAUUGACUGCAUCCGCACGUACACAUGGGACAAGAAACUUGAAAGUUGGAUCAAGGAUCGUGGCCUUGUCCCAGUACGGGGUGGGAACAAGAACAGGCCGACAGUGACAUCUCCCCGGGAAUACAAGAGGAGGUUUCGAGAGGCAAUGAAUCGGUAUGUUCUUGAGGCACCCGACUGUUGGCAUCAGUUCAAGCCGGUGAGGAUGGAGCGGAGGCUGUUGGAAGGGAGAGGUGAAAAGGAUAUUGGUGGACCGGACGGAAGGGAUCAGGACGGGGAGAAAGAGAACGAGGUCCAGCUAUUCUCUUAG